AUGGAGAUGUCGUUGCAACUGCAACUCAACUGCAAAACCACAUUCGCCGCCAAUAGAGGGUUGUUCUUCCCUCCAACUGCCCACCGCCACCAACUAUGUUUACCAUGGCGGCAUGAAAUCAAUGCAGGUUGUUGGGGUUCGUUUUCCAUCACCGCCGGCGCAGAUUUUUCACGUAGGAGACGGAAGAAGGCCUACAAUGCGAGGCCCGGGGGUCAUACUCCCAAGGGUUUUGUUCCGAGACCACGCAUUGGAUCAAGCAACCACAAGAGGGGUAAAAAAAGCACUGGUGUUGAGGGUGAUUCGUUUUCUCAAACAGUUCAUGUGAUUUCACAGGGUAGCAAAAAAACGGUUGAUGGCAAUACUGAUACUGACCGAGAGGAGGGGGUGGUUGUGGUUGAAUUUCCUCAGGAGAAGAAAUUUGAAGUAGUGGAUGCUAAUGAUGAAACUCAUGAGGAGGGUGGUCAAUUUCCAUUGUUGAACGAGACAAUGAGUGUUUCUCAAAAUGGAAACAUUUUUAUAAUUGGCGAGGAGGGUGAAACUGUUAGGGAAACAAAUGCUGACACUGAUGAUGAAGUGACUGGGGAAACAAUUGUGCAGGAGACAAAUGCUGAUACUGAUGAUGAAAGAAAUAAAGAAGCCGAAGCCUCUCGGCUGUUGAGGUUAGAGUUGGAAGCAAAUUUACGCAGACAAGAAAUAGAGACGAUUGCAGUGGAAAACUUUUCAAAAGGGAACAAGCUGUUUGUGUAUCCUCCUGUGGUUAAACCUGAUCAAGAUAUAGAAGUGUUCCUUAAUAGGAGCCUUUCAACUCUAAAUAAUGAGCCAAACGUUCUGAUUAAGGGGGCAUUUAAUGAUUGGAGGUGGAAAUCUUUUACCAUCAGGUUAAACAAAACAACUCUUAAUGGUGAUUGGUGGUCUUGUCAAGUAUAUAUUCCAAAUGGAGCCUAUAAAGUGGACUUUGUGUUCUUCAAUGGGCAAAAUGCCUAUGACAAUAAUGACAGGAAGGAUUUUUCCAUCUCUGUUGACAGUGGAAUGGAUGCACUUUCAUUUGAAGAUUUCUUGGUCGAGGAAAAGCGUAGAGAAUUAGAAAAACUUGCCUUGGAGCAAGCUGAAAGGGAAAGACAGGAAGAAGAGAAAAGGCAAAUGGAAGCAGAGAAAGCUGCAGAAGAAGAGGAUAGGUCGCUGGCUAGGGUGGAGACAGAAAGAAAGAGAGAUAAAUUGCAGCAAUUGCUGAACAAAGCGGUAAAAUUCAUGGACAAUGUUUGGUAUAUAGAACAUGGUGAAUUUAAUGGCAAAGACUCUGUCAGAUUAUAUUAUAACAGAAGCUCAGGUCCUCUUUCAAAUUCUAAGGAAGUAUGGAUUCAUGGGGGGCACAAUAAGUGGAAGGAUGGAUUAACAAUUGUUGAAAGGCUUGUCAAAUCUGGUUCAAAAGAUGCUGAUUGGUGGCAUGCUGAUGUUGUCCUACCUUACCAAGCCCUUGUCCUGGAUUGGGUCUUUGCUGAUGGCCCACCUCACAAUGCAAGUGUGUAUGACAACAACCAUUCUGAAGACUUCCAUGCUAUUGUCACAAAGGCUACUGAUAAAGAGUAUUGGACCAGGGAAGAGCAGCUGAUAUACAGAAAACUCCAGGAGCAUAGGAGGUUAAGAGAGAAAGCUAUGCGUGAGAAGGGUGAAAAAACAGCACGUAUGAAAGUUGAAAGAAAGGAAAAAACUUUGAAGAGAUAUCUGCUUUCUCAAAAGGAUAUUGUCUUCACUGAGCCGCUUGGUAUUCAAGCAGGGAGGAUAGUGACAAUAUAUUAUAACCCCUGCAAAACAAAUCUGAAUGGAAAACAGGAGGUUUGGUUUAGAUAUUCAUUCAAUCGCUGGACUCAUUGUAAUGGUCCAUUCCCACCUCAGAGAAUGUAUCCUGCUGAGAAUGGUACUCUCGUCAAAACCUCUGUAAAGGUUCCACUGGAUGCAUACAUGAUGGAUUUUGUAUUCUCUGACAAGGAAUGUGGAGGAGUUUUUGACAAUAAUUAUGGAGUGGAUUAUCACAGACCUGUUUUUGGAGGUACAUUGAAGGAACCACCUAUGCAUAUCGUCCAUAUUGCUGUUGAGAUGGCCCCGAUUGCAAAGGUUGGGGGUCUCGGCGAUGUUGUUACCAGUCUAUCCCGAGCUGUUCAGGAUUUAAAUCACAAAGUGCACAUUGUUCUUCCAAAGUAUGACUGUUUGAGUUUUAGCAAUAUAAAAGAUUUUCAAUAUCAUAAAAACUAUUUCUGGGGUGGGACUGAAAUAAAAGUAUGGCAUGGAAAGGUGGAAGGUCUCUCUGUCUUUUUUUUGGAGCCUCAAAAUGGAUUCUUUAAUGCUGGCUGUGUGUAUGGUUGUGGAAAUGACGCCGAGAGAUUUGGUUUUUUUAGUCAUGCUGCUCUUGAAUUUCUACAUCAAAAUGGAUAUAAUCCUGAUAUCAUCCACUGCCAUGAUUGGACGAGUGCACCGGUUACAUGGCUAUUUAAAGAACAGUAUAUACGUUAUGGUCUAAGCAAAGCGCGGCUUGUGUUUACAAUUCAUAAUCUUGAAUUUGGAGCUGACAUCAUUGGAAAAGCUAUGGCACACACACACAAGGCUACAACUGUCUCCCACACUUAUUCUGUGGAGGUUGCUGGGAAUCCGGCAAUUGCUCCUCAUCUUCACAAGUUCUGUGGUAUAAUAAAUGGAAUUGACCCAGAUAUAUGGGACCCUUAUAAUGAUAAGUUCAUUCCUGUAUCAUACACAUCAGAAAAUGUUGUUGAAGGAAAAAGAGCUGCCAAGGAAGCCUUGCAACAUAAGCUUGGUCUGAAAAGAUCUGAUGUUCCUUUAGUGGGAAUUAUUUCUCGAUUGACUAAUCAGAAAGGAAUCCAUCUCAUCAUGCAUGCUAUUUGGCGCGCCCUAGAGUGUGGUGUACAGGUUGUAUUACUUGGUUCAGCUCCAGAUCCUCGUAUCCAAGGUGAUUUUGAGAAUAUGGCCAAUCAAUUGCAUUCUCUUCAUAAUGACCGUGCUAGACUCUGUCUUGCGUAUGAUGAGCCCCUAUCACACUUGAUAUAUGCCGGUUCUGAUUUCAUUCUAGUUCCUUCAAUCUUUGAGCCAUGUGGUCUUACCCAACUCGUAGCAAUGAGAUAUGGUUCAAUACCAAUUGUUCGAAGAACUGGAGGACUUUAUGAUACUGUAUUUGACGUUAAUCAUGAUAAGGGAAGAGCAGAAGUACAGGGUCUUGAGCCAAAUGGGUUUAGUUUUGAGGGAGCUGAUACUGCUGGUGUUGACUAUGCUCUGAACAAGGCACUAUCGGCAUGUUAUCGCCGUGAUUGGUUUAACACUUUACGCAAGACAGUGAUGGAGCAAGACUGGUCUUGGAACCGGCCUGCUCUUGAUUAUCUGGAGCUUUACCAUGCUGCACACAAGUCAGCAUGAGAUUUCACCAGAAAAAAAGUGACGUGCAUAUCAAGUUUCAUCCACAAUGUACAGGUUUUGUGCUAAGCGUUAGUUUAAACACAUAAUUGAUUCUAAAGCCAUAAUCAAUUCUGUGGAGAAGCUUCUAUGAGUAGGUUUUAGGUGUCAGAAUUGAUCAAGAGGAAAAAUAAGCCGAUACAGACAUGCUAUUAAGGUAACUGCUUGGCGAAAAGCUUUUGGAGACAAGCUUCAAAUGGUUCAUUUCUUUUUAGCAUGCAAUAAGAAAGAUUUGCUUUAUAACAGUUUACUAUGUGCCAAGAGGUUGUCUUAAAAUUGUUGAGCCUUUAAUUGUGAUACUAUAGCGUUGCAGAAUAGGUUUGCAAGUACUUGUGGUUGAAUCAAGAAUAAAAGUAAAUUUUUGAUGUAUACUGCUUGAAUAAAGGAAAUG